AUGGGUAGCUACAGAAUGUGUCUCAUCUUCAAAAGGAAGUUCAGGGUGACGGAGCCCGGUCCGGUUGAUGACGUCAGAGACGUCUUCGAGAGAUACGCGGAGGGUCAAGCUCACAUGUCGCCGGAGCAGCUACGGAAACUCAUGGCUGAUGAAAGAAGAGAAGAUUUAGGAUCGAGUCUCGAAGAUGCGGAGAGGCUCGUCGACGAGGUGCUUCGUCGGAAGCACCACAUUGCAAAGUUCACGAGACGAAACCUCACUCUUGAGGAUUUCAACUAUCUUCUCUUCUCCACUGAACUCAAUCCUCCCAUCGGCGACAAGGUUCAUCAGAACAUGGAUGCUCCUCUGUCGCAUUACUUUAUAUUCACCGGCCACAACUCCUACUUAACAGGAAACCAGCUGAGUAGCAAGUGCAGUGGCCUUCCCAUUGCAGAUGCAUUGAGAAGAGGCGUGAGGGUUGUUGAGUUGGAUCUAUGGCCACGUGGUAAAGAUGAUGUCUGCGUUAAGCAUGGAGGGACCUUGACCAAGGCUGUGAAACUAGGGAAAUGUUUGGAGUCUAUUAAAGCGAAUGCCUUUACUACUUCAAAGUAUCCUGUUAUCAUCACUCUUGAAGACCAUCUCACUCCUAAACUUCAAUCUAAAGUUGCCAAGAUGAUAACUCAGACAUUUGGAGAGAUGUUGUAUUACCAUGAUUCCGAAAGCUGCAAAGAGUUUCCUUCUCCUGAAGAGUUGAAGGGGAAGAUACUCAUAUCAACAAAACCUCCAAAGGAGUACUUAGAAGCUAAUGAUGCCAAGGAUGGAGAGAAAGGGAAGGAUUCAGAUGAGGAUGUUUGGGGCAAGGAGCCUGAAGAGCUUGUUUCUACUCAGUCUGAACUCGACAAGGUCUCAAAUAGCAUAAACUAUAUCAACCAAGAUGAUGAAGAGAGGGGUUCUCGUGAUUUUGAUACGUCGUGUUCAUUACAAGCACCAGAAUACAAACGCCUUAUCGCCAUCCAUGCAGGGAAGCCAAAGGGCGGUUUAAAGAUGGCUUUGAAGGUUGAUCCAGACAAAAUCAGGAGACUUAGCCUAAGCGAGCAGUUACUUGAGAAAGCUGUUGCAUCACAUGGUGCAGAUGUUAUAAGAUUCACUCAGAAGAACUUUCUGAGGAUAUAUCCCAAAGGCACAAGGUUUAACUCUUCAAACUAUAAACCUCAGAUAGGUUGGAUGAGUGGAGCUCAAAUGAUUGCAUUCAACAUGCAGGGGUAUGGAAGAGCAUUGUGGCUGAUGCAAGGAAUGUUUAGAGCUAAUGGAGGUUGCGGUUACGUCAAGAAACCAGAUUUUCUAAUGAAUGUAGGUCCUAAUGGACAAGUUUUUGAUCCAAAUGAGAACUCCUCCCCAAAGAAAACUUUAAAGGUGAAAGUCCUCAUGGGAGAUGGAUGGCACCUAGACUUCAAAAAGACUCACUUUGAUCGCUACUCUCCUCCUGACUUCUACGUUAAAGUGGGUAUUGCUGGAGCACCUGCUGAUAAGUCGAUGGAGAAAACAGAAGUGAAGUAUAAUACAUGGACACCCAUUUGGAACGAGGAGUUCACAUUCCAGUUAAUAGUACCUGAACUUGCUCUGCUCCGUGUUGAAGUGCAUGAGUACGACAACAAUGAAAAAGACGAUUUUGGAGGUCAGACUUGUCUGCCGGUGUCUGAGUUAAGGCAAGGCAUACGCGCUGUUCCACUCUACAACAGAAAGGGAGUGAAGUACAGCUCCACGCGGCUUCUUAUGCGCUUUGAGUUUGUCUGAAGACCGACGGUUUUGGUUCGUGUAUCCAUCUAGAGUUGUAUUUUUAUGUUAUGUUUUAUUAUGUAAAAUAAUCGAAUGUUUACCUGAGUAAUAUAUAGAUCUUUUGCACUU